AUGAAUGUGGUGUUAUACGAAUAGAAGAAAACUUGCAAAAUUAAAUUGAUACAUGUAAUCGUUUGUCAGGUUUUCCCUAGUAGGGCUAGAAUUUCUAUAAAAAUAUUUGCUGUGUUAUUAUAAUCACUAGAAUUAUAAGCAACAAUGGUUAUUGGAGCGUUUCCCAUUGCCAAAUUGUCGGUGUUACUAAUCAAGCAGAUCAGUAAACCCAUCGCCAAUGCAUGCAAAGAACGAGCCAAAAAUAGUCCCUUUUUCAGGACCUAUGUUUGUAUGCCUCCUGCCCAAUUCUACAAUUGGUGCGAGGUGAAAGCUAAGAUGUGGGUCCUAAAUUUGGGUAAACCUGUAAACAUACCUGUGCUGAGCCAGGAAAUGGCCAUUGAGCUGGGUGCCAAUCUGCUGGGCGAAUCAGUCAUCUUUAUUAUUGGUGCUGCCCUGAUUACUGUGGAAUAUAGCAGGCAAAGCAAAAAAGAGGCAGCUAAAGAACAAGCUCGUAUAGAUGAGCUGAAACAUAUAACCAAUACUAUUACAGACUUGUACUUCGCAGUCCAGCAACAAGAAACACAGAUCAGGGAAAUGGAGCGUCUCAUUCAUUCAGUCAGUGGUAAAAAGAUAGAAGCACCUCCUCCAGACGUCAGGGACAUAACCAAAUCACUGAAGGAACUUGAAGAAUUGACUAAGAGUUCCCCUCCACAACCCCCAGCUGGUCAAUCAUCACCAAAAGGCCAACAACCCCCCACUACCCAACCUCCAGCACAGCAAAGGCCACAAGAUGGCUCUAAAAUGAUGAGACCUGAGGCCCAACUUAUUUCCACACCAUACCCUGACAAAGGACUUAUAUUGCAAUCAUUGAAUUAUAUCCAAAUGGACGUUUUUAGUUCAAUAUUUCCUCAUAGCCGAAGGGAAGAGGACAAUAAACAACAAGAAAAAAAAUUACAGUCUCAGAAACGUGAUAGUGCUGUACUUUCAGAGGCACUCUACAACAUAGAAAAUAACUUUAAGAGCUUGUUUUAAUGUGUAUGCAAAUUUGUAAAAUUUAGGGAAAGUUAGUUUGUUAUGGUUAUUAAAUAACACAUUGUAUUGUAUAGUUUUUUUAGUAUUUAUUCCUGACGUAUAGGUACAUUUUUACAUUUUCUUUUACAAUUAUACAAGUAUCUACCUAUUUAUGUUUUUACUCUUUUCUUUUGUUUAUUUUGCUUUGUCAGGCUGUCGUUGACAUAGGCCUCCUCCAGGCGGCGCCACUCCUCGCGGUUUUGUGAGAGUCUUCUCCAGUUUUAGGAAAGUCAUCUUUCCUCAUGGGUACCAUUCUGUGACAUCUUUUGUCCAUGUGUCCUUUUUUAGUAUAUUCGUAGUAUUUAUUUGGCUGCACUUUUCUUUCAAGUUGGUAAAGCUUAAAAUUUAUUAAUGACAAUGUUUGCUUUUAAUCUUCACUGCCAACCAGUUUGCAUUUGUGCGAAACUAUUGACUUUAGAAGUGUUGACACAUAAAGUUACUGGGAGUUAUGCGCAUACAUUAGGGUUUUGGGUGGGGGUAUAAUAAUUUAUAAAUAUAUAAAAUCAAUUUGUUUAUUGUAAAAUAAUAACCAAACUCUGAAUUAAAAAUAGGUAGUAAGCUUUUGGCUAGUAAAUAUUCCCGCACCCAAAACCCCAAUGUGUGGUUAUCAGGUAAGUACUUGACGAUUUAAACAUUUUUGUUUGAAAUGUUUUAUAGCAAUAGUACUUGUGUUCGAAAAGCUGGUACCUAUACAUUUAUGCACAUUCUAGCUAUAAAUUAAAAUAAUGCUGCUAGGCAGACAAUUAAUUGGCGAAAUAAUAAGAUUAGUGCAUGCUUAAUACUUACUGAGUAGGUGUUUCAAUGUUUGUUACUACACUAGGUAUAUGAGUCUACGAAGUAUGACUUGUAAACUCUGAUCACUAAUGUAUAAAUAUUUAUUUAUUAGGUAACAAUGUAAAUAAAUUGUAUCCAAUAA